AUGUUCUUCUUUGUUACCGAUAGGCUGUCUUGUAUAUUUUUAAUUGGAGCCACCGGUAUUCCUUGGGCAGUCGUGAUGGUACUACCAUUCACUUUGGUGGGAAUGGGUUCUUCACCUUCCGAGAGUGGUUUCCACAUGGGAGAACUCAACAUAUUCGUUGUUAUACCACAGCUUUUAGUUUCACUUGGAAUUAGUUUUAUAAUAUCUUUGUUCCACAACGAUGUUGUAUCAUCUCUUUUAACUGGUGCAAUAUCAUCACUCAUUGCGACUCUUCUUGUAUUUAGAAUCAUUAUUCCACAUGAGAUUCGACCAAAGGGUGUCUAUUUUGUUUUUAUUGGUUCAACCAAAUUCAGUCACAACAGUCAUCCAUCAUAUCAUCAGUUACUCUCUACAAGUGGAUGA